GAGCAAUUGAUAACAGCGAGUUAGCGCAUUUCAAAGCUUGGCCCCGCGUAACACUACACGGCUAUUCAAGGAAUUAAUUCGAUUCCUAUUGUUUGUAAACUUUGGCAGAUUUCACGCCGAAGUUGACUUCAGGACCGGACGGGCGAUCGGCAGGCAAGCAUUCUUUCUGUUAGUGCGAAUCUGGAGGCCUUGUGCUGUCCUAAAGGUAGUACCCUAAAGAGACCUUGAAACAAUAUGAAGGUUUUCCUUGUUGGAUUUCUGCUAAUUUCCGUGGCUCUCGCAAGCGAGCGAAGCAACGUCCAAUUGCCUGAAAAAAUCGAAAGCGUGACAGCUGUUGUAGGAAGAGUUUUUGUAUAUAAUUUGCCAAACGAGGGUGGCCAUGAAACCAUAUCUAAGGCAAUCCAAAGAGGACAAGAGACACUGCCACAGUGGCUGUCUUUCAAUGCAGGAAAGUCGUCUUUACUUGGAGUUCCCUCAUGGCGUGACAGAGGCGGAAUUUCGAUCGAUUUUCAAUCGCAAGAUGGAGUUGUUGUACAUUCACUACAAAUCGAGAUCAAGGACUUGCGUGACGGAGCGUUACAGCCCGCGUCACGCUCAAACAAUACUAAGGAGUUUUCUUAUUCAAAACCGAAGUGCCCUAAGGGACUACCUGUCGCAGCAGCCUCCAUUAUACUUGACUAUCACUUGGAGAAAACCACAGGGUUAACAAGGGUAGAGAUUAUGAACAAAGUGGGCGAGUUUGUCGACGUGGAUGUUGGAAAUCUGCACAUGUUGGCGGGAAAAGGACACAACACAGCAUUCGGGCUCAAGGAUGUGAUUACAGUCACAGCAGGCCCAGGAAAUGUUGGGGACCCUAAGCAACCGGGCCUGGUUAUCUCUUGGCAGAUUGGAUGCGGUAUUGAUAUUCCUAUGGCUGGAGUAAGAAUAGCAACCUUCCUUAAAUCAAGCGCGGAGACUGGAUCUUUCGGUCCGGUGCUUGGUCUCCCUGUGUCUGAGUGGCAUAUAUCCAUUGGUUACCCUAAAGAACCUCGUCAAAGAACGCGUGGGCAAGUUGCACAGGACAGUUCUCCUAAAGUUGUUAAACGAUCAACGAAAAGAAACGUCCGAGCGAUUCAAGCAACCCCUACUCCGACUCUGACCGCUGUUCCUCCUACUUCGGUCGUCGCCAGUCUCACAAUAACUGUUACAAGGACAAGUUCUGUUGUUCCGACUUCAACUAUAGUCCCAACUACAACUCCGGUAGCUCCGACAACCACCGAACAACCGACGACAACACAACAGCCAACCACCACACAGCCACCUACAACGACAGAGAAACGGACCACGACCGAGAAACCAACGACCACUCGGGAGCCAACUACGGCCCAGCCACCAAUCACGACAGUAGAACCGACCACCCCCGAAGAGACGACUACUACCGAAAAACGAACUCCCACCACAGAAUUAACCACUACCAAACCACCGAAAACGACCGUAAAAUCGACCACCAUCAAAGAAACGACCACCUCCACAGAAUCCACGACAACCGAGCGUACGACCACGAAGGAAAAACCGUCCACCACCGAAGAACCGACUCCCACCGAGAAAUCGACUACCGCCCCAGAACUUACCACCACAACACGAAUGUCGACGAAAGAAACGGCAACUACUACCGGAGAGUCGACUACUACGGAACAACCAGCUGCCACGACAAAACUGACCACAACCGAGCGAGCGACGACAACCGAACAGCCGAGCUCUACAACGACCACUACAGAAAAACCGACAGCUACUGAACUAACGACAACAACAGAACAAACGACGAAAACAGAACAAACGACAACAACAAAACAAACAAUCACAAAACAAACAACAACAAAACAAGCAACAACGACAUCAACGCCAAGCACGACUGUUCUAUCGACCACUAAGAAAUUAACAACUACAGAGCAACCAACAAGACCCCCUACCCCUAUAAAAUUAUCGACUACAGAGCAACCAACAAGACCUCCUACCAAAGUGGUGUCACCAACCAUCUCCUUCCCAAGGGCGGUGAACGAGAUUGGUGCCAUUGAUAUUAAUCGAGGCCAAGUGUUUCGGUUCCAUAUCCCUCAGGACACGUUUUAUGAUAAUCAAGAUUUUUUCACUCCAAACUUGACUCUUGCCUUGAAAACGUAUGACUGGAAGCCUCUCGGGAAUAAUUACUCAUGGAUCAAAUUUGAUGCCGAAAAACAGGUAAUUUAUGCCUUUCCGAUCGACAAAGAAACAGUCGGUACUCACGAAUUUUUGAUGAUCGCGAGAGAUAAAGAUGGAAAUAUGGGUGUUGAUGCAUUCCAGAUAAACGUUGUGGACGAUUCAUCAGUCUCCUACAAUCAUCGGUUUACUCUAGAAGUCGAUUAUGAUUACGAGGAAUUCUCCAAAGACUUUGACAACCAAAUGGAGCUUGUUACAAAGCUUGCAAAUUAUUUUAACGUGAACUCGAGUAGCAUCAGAACCGUAUCAUUCACUGCUGGAUCUGUGGUAAUGAAAUUCCAGUUCGAUUCAUCAGAGGUUCCCUACGACGAGUGUGAUUUUCCUCAGAGAGCAAAAUUCCUUUCUGAGGAUGGUGAUGAUGUUAAUCCUGAUCUUAAAAAGGCUCUUGAGCCCGAGUUCCCAGUCGAAUCAGGAAAUUUUGAAGGUCUCGGACCCUGCGGAGCUGUGGUAGACGUGCUGCCGGCAUCACCAACCAUCUCCUUCCCAAGGGCGGUGAACGAGAUUGGUGCCAUUGAUAUUAAUCGAGGCCAAGUGUUUCGGUUCCAUAUCCCUCAGGACACGUUUUAUGAUAAUCAAGAUUAUUUCACUCCAAACUUGACUCUUGCCUUGAAAACGUAUGACUGGAAGCCUCUCGGGAAUAAUUACUCAUGGAUCAAAUUUGAUGCCGAAAAACAGGUAAUUUAUGCCUUUCCGAUCGACAAAGAAACAGUCGGUAUUCACGAAUUUAUGAUGAUCGCGAGAGAUAAAGAUGGAAAUAUGGGUUUUGAUGCAUUCCAGAUAAACGUUGUGGACGAUUCAUCAGUCUCCUACAAUCAUCGGUUUACUCUAGAAGUCGAUUAUGAUUACGAGGAAUUCUCCAAAGACUUUGACAACCAAAUGGAGCUUGUUACAAAGCUUGCAAAUUAUUUUAACGUGAACUCGAGUAGCAUCAGAACCGUAUCAUUCACUGCUGGAUCUGUGGUAAUGAAAUUCCAGUUCGAUUCAUCAGAGGUUCCCUACGACGAGUGUGAUUUUCCUCAGAGAGCAAAAUUCCUUUCUGAGGAUGGUGAUGAUGUUAAUCCUGAUCUUAAAAAGGCUCUUGAGCCCGAGUUCCCAGUCGAAUCAGGAAAUUUUGAAGGUCUCGGACCCUGCGGAGCUGUGGUAGACGUGCUGCCGGCAACAAAAUCAGGUCGGUGGAAGACCUACGUGAUUAUCCCAGUGGUGAUUCUUGCCGUGGUGCUUCUUGUGGUGGGCAUAUGUCUGUUCCUUGUUUUGCGGUCGCGUAAGAGACGAAAGCUCUCUCUAGAAGACCAACAACUCUACGUGUACAAGCGCAAACCGGCUGUACUUCAGGAAGAGUACGAGGUCAAGGAAAGACUUCUUAAACAGCCCCUGGUGUUGCCGAACGAGAAACCACCUCUCGCUGCCCCAGUUCACCCGAGGAGCCCAUCCCUAAAGCACCAAAACGGCGAGCCGCCCCAGUCCUCAUCUUAUCAGGCCCCGACUUUCACUUCAUUCAUACAGUCGAGCAAUCAGGGAACACCCAACGGAAACAGCCCCCGGAAACCCGGGUAUUCGGGAUACCGGUUACCCCCGGCGUAUGUGCCCCCUUGAGGACAAUUUACCACAUAGGACCGUUUGUUGCUAUCGCGAGACUUGCAAAAAAUGAAGAGACGAGACUUAGUACCAAAACUGAAUACUGAAUUUAUUACUCGUGUUAACGUAGUAGAAACUCGACGAUUUCCAUCGUCUGAAGAGUUGUAAGCAAUGUAUGUUUUCGGUAAUCGAGCUUCCUCGCUCAAACUUGAUAUUCUUAAUUCUUAUUGUGCCGACUCUAAAGCGAAAAAGACAGCGAAUUUUGGUCUAAGUUUUCUUUGCGGAAUUUUUUAACCCAGUUUAGUGUUCUGCGCAUACCCAUCAACCGAAAACUAGAAUGAAAAACAGGCUUCUCUGUUGAUUAGGAAAAUAAGUUUUUAAAUCCUUUAUAAGCCAGGGUUGUUUCAAAAAUAACAUUACCUCACGAAAUUCUAGUAUCUGAAAAAGAAGCAACACCCUUAUUGUCGAGGAUUUCCGUAGUAAUUAAGCGACUAUAUAUAACAAUUUAAGCCUCUAAAAAAGGGCUUACCACAAAUACUCUUUACAAAAAUGAGUCAAAAGGAAGAUAACGAAGGAGCGGUGCAGAGAGAAGAUUCAAGAAUUCCACAUCGUUACGAAAUUAUCAAGCUUAUACAUUUCGAAUCUCACAAAUAUCGUUCACAGUUGCAUCGGUGUGGAUGCUGUUUUGUUUUUAACCCGCUUAUCAAAAUGUAUGUAUGUCUACAAUUAGGUUAUAAUCCUUGUGCCUGUUUAACUAAUUUUUAAAAACGCAUUAAGAGAUUAAAUUGAUAACUUUUUCACUGA